AUGAUUUUUUCUACACAGGAUUAUUCAGUUCGAGCACAAUCUCUGGAAGCAUUGAUACCUCUAUAUGAAAACGACAAUAUAGCAAGAGAAUUGCAAUUAUUUACACAGAAAUAUAAAGAUAGACUUAUAAGUUUAACUUGUGACAAGAGACCUUUCAAUCAAGUGAUUGCCAUUAAGCUGGUCACUGUUAUGUUCAGGUCAUAUCGUGACCUCUUCACUAGAGAAGACGUAUACAUGGUUUUCAGAAUGGUACUCAAUUCCAACCGUAGAGUUGCAGUGACUGCAGGUGAAUUUUUAAAUGAUGUCAUUGAGAGAGUGGAUAAAGAAAAUAAUUCAGGCUCUCUAAAACGUGCCGGAUUUAAUGUACGAUGGCUUCGAUAUAUUGUAACUUCCUUCAUUAAAUUGGGGCAUUUAGAUCUGGUUCCAUAUCUAGUGGAUGCCCUUAUUGCAAAGUUUGAAAUAAUAAAAGAUUGGAAAAUAAUAAUACAUAUUCUUAAACAAACCGAUGAUCUUUUGACCCCAAUCGAGCAAGAAGUUCUGACUGAAAUGAUGUUAUGGUCUGCAAGAUUGGCAACUACUGGAGAAUAUCCAUGGGAUAGAGCAAUUGAUAACAUGGUCCCAAGUUUAGAAGAAAUAAAGCAAAUGAAGGGAGACAAAUUAAAUAUGACGAAACAUCUGAUGCCGGUGAUACCAAACCUGUUGGCUCAGUUUAAAAGUAAUGUGAAUUGUACCAUCAACUUAAUGGGAAUACCCCAAUACUUCGACUUAGAAACUUACACAAGUGAAAUGGAAGAUCUGCAUUUAAAAAAAUUAUUAAGCGCAUUAGAAGACAUCGUCAGGGAGACGACAAACGCAAAUUUAUUACGUAAGUGCAGCAAAACUUUACAUUGCCUAUAUAAAAGGGCAAGCAUUGCUGCAGAAUGCGAUGCCGUCGGAUUUACAAUUCUCAAAGAAUGCGCCUACAUAUAUAUGGAGCCAUCAAUAACAUGGCAAAGUAUUGUAGAUGGGCAAAUGGAUCCAAAAGAUGUAAACAAAGAGGAUUAUCUUCUAAUUGUAAAUUGCCUGAAGAAAAUAGCCAUUUUCUACUCCUUACAUAACAUCAAUUAUUUGAAUAUAUGCGAUGAUCUUUUAAAUGAAUUUCAAGUGUAUAGGGAUGGGGUCAUUCAAAGAAAUCUUCCUAUCGAAGGAUCAAUAUACUGCCUAAUUUCUUACGGUGCAUACUUAUCGUGGGAAUUAAAGGCACUAAAAGAACUGAAUGAUGACGUGGUACUGGAUUGUAUGGCACGAGCCAAGGUACUAAAGCUAAAAUUAAAAGAAUAUUUUGAAAUUUGCAAAGACAUCGUUCAAAAUGUCAUUUAUGAUGAUCUGCACAAAGCUGCUUUGACUUCAAUUUGUGAGUUAUCCGCAAAUUUCAACCGAGAGCUGCGCAACCAUCGAAACCAAAUAAUUCACGAUUUAGUUCUAAAUCUCAGCUUGGAUGACAUAGCACUAAUAAAUAAAUAUACAGAAGAGUAUGUUUUCAUAAAACAUUGGAAAGGAAAACACGAAGAAAAUGAGAGUCAGGUGAACAAAUGUCGUGAAGUCUUGGAGUGUUAUUCCAAACUCAUUGAUUUUAAUAUCAUACCAUCUGCUAAUGCAGAAUUUAUUUUAAAGUAUUGUGUAAAGUGUGAAAAAUGCUAUGGAAAUAUCAUAAAGAAAAUUGUCACCAUAAUGUGCCGCCUCAACAGGAGAAAUUGCACCCUGACCAUGUUCCUGAUUUUGUCGAAAAUUUAUGUGGAGGUGGAGAGAUCAUUGGGCAAAGAUUAUGUGCUUGAUAAUAAUGUCGAAGAAUUUGCGGAGCUAAAGACUUUGGCUGCACGUCUAGCAGAGUUAUUGGGCACAAACGAACUUGAAAAUCGACAUGCAGUAGGUAUGUUGCACAAGGAUGGAAUUUUGUUUGCAGUUGGACAAAGUACUAGACCGAAUGAGCCUCCAGAUCAGAUACCAUUUUUAGCAGUAUUAAGUAAAUUUUCAAAAAAGCUUAACGAAGAGGAUAGAAAUUCUGUAUACCAAUUCUUACAAACUAAAUUAAAGACUUGUCUACCUUCAACAAUACCCCCUGGAUACAUGUGGGCUCCAUAUAAGAUUUACCGGAGGUCCCUUAUUGGUAUAAAACCCCUGCCCCAAACAUCCGAAACGCCCCAAAAUAUGGAGGAAUGGAGCGAGGAACCGAUCUGGGAAUCUUCAGAAGAUGCAGCUGAUGAAACCAUUCCUGCUACAACAUUCCAGUCGUCAGUUAACAUAGAGCAGCCGGGAAGAGAAUCAAGUCUGAGAUAUUCAGAAGAUGCAGCUGCUGGCGAAGUUUUGUCCAGAAGAACACCACCUGGAAGGCCCGAAAUUAUAGAGGAACCGUUGGGCACUGAACCUAAACGGAGACGUUUAGGUGGUUUUUCAGACUCUGGUAUUGAAGUGUCGAUGCAGAAUCCGAAUGAGUCUGAAGUAUAA